UAGAUACACAGAAUAAACACGAAGUCGGAUAGAUUAGAUUCUGACGCCUCACACCGUUUUAUCGCAACCUGCAAUCGAUAAUCCCCUACGUUGUUUCGAUUCGUUUGCAUGUGUAAAAUCGUCUUUACGCGCGAACUAGGUUACGGAAAUCCGAAAACCGAAUCAUGGAUGGCAACGAAGUUGAUUUUAACAACUGUCGAGUUGUCAGGAGGAACUCCGUGGUUAAGAACCACAGAAAAAUCGCCGCGGAUCAUUUGAACUACUUGAAAUUGUGGGAACAGAUACUCAGUACGCAGAAGAACGUUCUAGUGACCGAAAACGAUGGAAAUUUAGAAUCCUGCAGUAGGAAAAGAGAAGGAAACAAUGAAAUUAAACGUGAAGAAUCUAAAGGAGGCAAAAACGAAAGAAAACAACACAGGAAAUCUACAAAGCCAAGAAUUGUUGGUGUUUUACUUUUUUUCCAGUAUAAAUUCCCUUGCCAGUACGAGAGGGAUAUCCUUGACAUAGUUAUAGGUAGAUCGAGAUGGAACGACAGCUGAGUUCAUCUUCCCUUACCAUUCAUUCUGUUUUCUAUGUAAAUAAAAUAUUUCUUGCGAA